CCCAAAAUGCUAGCCAGUGCAAGGUGAACGUUGGUCUACAUGGAGUUAGAAGAUUUGAAUUGAACACAUCCCGCCCUCCAUGCCUUGUUUUACAUGGGUGUGAAUGCAGCCUCCGUACUUAACCGUCUCCUUCAGAAGAACACCCAGAGAACCAAAACACCACCCACCAAUUCUAUUGCCGUUACCAAGUCCAUUAAAGCUCACCUCCAAUCUGGUAGCCUCAAAAAAGCCGUCUCAACCCUCUUUGCUUCUCCUGUACCUGUCCCUUUUUAUAUUUACGGUCGUCUCUUCAAAAUAUGCUCUUCCAGUCUUGCAAUUGUUGAAGUCCGAAAGGUUGAAUCCCAUCUUGUAACUUUCCAUCUCCACCCACCAAUCUUUCUUCUCAAUCGAGCUAUUGAAGCUUACGGAAAGUGUGGUUGUUUGAAGGAUGCAAGGGAACUGUUCGAAGAAAUGCCUCAAAGAGAUGGUGGGUCAUGGAAUGCGAUAAUCACUGCAUAUUCACAAGGCGACUUUGCUGAGAAGGCAUUAACAAUGUUCUCCCGUAUGAAUAAGUUGGGAGUUGCUGCUAACGAAAUCACCUUUGCUAGUGUUCUUGGGUCUUGUGCUGUGAUUUUAUCUUUGUUUCUUUCCAGGCAAGUGCAUGGGCUUAUUAUAAGAUAUGGUCUUUGCUGGAAUGUGAUAUUGUGCAGUUCAUUGGUUGAUGUUUAUGGGAAAUGCCGGAUUAUUGGUGAUGCACGUAGAAUGUUUGAUGAGAUCCCCAACCCGAAUUCUGUUUCUUGGAAUGUGAUUGUUAGGAGAUAUCUUGAGAUGGGUGAUGAAAGGGAAGCAAUAACAAUGUUUUUCAAAAUGGUCAAGGCAAAUGUUAGGCAGUUGAAUUUUACAUUCUCUAAUGCUCUUACUGCUUGUUCAAGUAUCUCUGCACUCAACGAGGGGUAUCAGAUCCACGACGUUGCAAUUAAGGUUGGUUUCGAAGAGGAUACUGUAGUUAUGAACUCGCUUAUUAAUAUGUAUGCAAAAUGCGGAGGUUUGGAGGAUGCUUGUCAGCUUUUUGAUCAACCUGGUUCGCAAAAUGUGAUUUCUUGGACUUCAAUUGUGUCAGGCUAUGCAACAAUCGGGAGGACUGCAGAGGCAAGGGAGCUCUUUAAUAAGAUGCCUGAAAGGAGUGUAGUCUCUUGGAAUGCAAUGUUGGCAGGGUAUGUAAAGUUUCUUCAGUGGGAGGAAGCCUUGGAUUUUGUCUUAUGGAUGCGCAAAACCACCAAUGAUAUUGACCACGUGACACUCAGUUUGAUCCUUAAUCUGUGUGCGGGGAGUUCAGAUGUUGAAUUAGGGAAACAAGUUCAUGGGUUUGUCUAUAGGCAUGGGUUCUUCUCUGAUCUUUUUGUUAGCAAUGGACUCCUUGACAUGUAUGGGAAGUGUCGGAGCUUUAGGUAUUCUAGGGCUUGGUUCUUUGAGAUGGGUCGUUGGCGUGAUAGAGUUUCUUGGAAUUCUUUAAUCAGUAGUUAUGCUCGUCAUCAUCAGAGUGAAGUAGCUAUGGAAAUUUUUCGGGAGAUGCUAUGGGAGACAACACCAAGUGAGUUCACAUUUGGAACCCUCUUAGCAGCUUGUGCAAAUAUCUUCACACUUAAACAAGGCAAGCAAAUCCAUGGGUACAUGAUCAGGAAUGGUUAUGAGAUUGAUCUUGUUGUCAGAGGAGCUUUGGUUGACAUGUACUCUAAAUGCCGGUGUCUUGAAUAUGCCCUCAAGGUUUUUAAAGAGGCAGUUUCACAGGAUGUGAUCUUAUGGAACUCCAUGCUUUUGGGGUGUGCUCACAAUGGAAGAGGUGCGGAUGUUCUUGAAUUGUUUGGGUUGAUGCAGAAGGAAGGAAUUAAAGCUGAUCAUGUCACGUUUCAAGGGAUUUUACUUGCUUGUAUUGGUGAGGGAUUUGUUGAUAUUGGUAGGCAGUAUUUCGAUUCAAUGAGUGAUAGGUACUGUAUCAUACCUAGGCUAGAGCAUUAUGAAUGCAUGAUUGAGCUCUUUGCUAGGUAUGGUGUCAUUGAUGAGCUUGAGGAUUUUAUUAAGAGAAUGCCAUUUGAUCCAACUGUAGAAAUGUUGACUAGAAUCUUCGAUGCUUGUAGAGAACAUGAGCAUUCAAGGUUGGGAGAAUGGGCUGCACAACGCCUUAAUGAAUUCAGACCCUUAACUCCAUUUCGAUUUGAGACUUUGUCUGAACCUGAUUUGGGCAAGUUGUGAUCAUUAAAUGCAGAAGCACAGGAAUCUUAUUAAUCAUGGAUUUCUCUCAUGAGGCUGUUAUUUGAUCCGGAAUCUCUCUAUGCAAAGCUACAGUUAAUCUUCAUUCUUGAAAGUUGAAACAUUUUAUUUCCUUGCCAUUAUGGAGCUGAGCAUUCUUAACUUGAAGAGUGACUGAAGUCAGCUGGA